GGCAGGGAGACCCCCGGUCUGCCCAAUUCAGCCGGUGAACUGGGAGCAAAGCUCGGCCAGAAACUCUUAGGGUCAACCUCCGCUGACCUGAUGUGAUCCCAGGUGACCGCCAGCCCUUGUCCCAUCUUACCUUGUUAAGGUUGUGCCUUAACAAAGGUAGCGGAGGAGGAGGAGGAAUAGCUGCACACAGGUGAGCGAUUAGGGCCCCUCCGGAGCCAGGAUGGAGGCCACCACGCUCCAGCAGGGCCUGCUGACCACCAUGGGGAAGGCCAAGAGCGAGAGGGUGGCUGUGGACAACGCGGCCGACAUUGCCGUCAUCGUCACCUACUUCCUCGUGGUCCUGGCCGUGGGCCUCUGGGGCAAAUAUUCCACGAACCGUAGGACCAUCGGGGGCUUCUUCCUGGCCAGACGCAGCAUGUUCUGGUGGCCGAUCGGGGCCUCCCUCUUUGCCAGCAACAUCGGCAGUGGCCAUUUUGUGGGGCUGGCCGGGACCGGGGCGGCGGCCGGGAUUGCCAUCGGGGGCUUCGAGUGGAACGCGCUGGUGAUGGUGGUGGUCCUGGGCUGGCUCUUUGUCCCCAUCUACAUCAAGGCCGGGGUGGUGACGAUGCCGGAAUACCUCAAGAAGCGCUUUGGGGGGAAGCGGAUCCAGAUCUACCUCUCCGUCCUCUCGCUCCUGCUCUACAUCUUCACCAAGAUCUCGGCGGACAUCUUCUCGGGGGCCAUCUUCAUCAAGCUGGCCAUGGGGCUGGACAUCUACGUGGCCAUUAAGAUCCUGCUGGUCAUCAUGGCCCUCUACACCAUCACGGGAGGCUUAGCGGCGGUCAUCUACACGGACAACUUGCAGACGGUCAUCAUGCUGAUGGCCUCCAUCAUCCUCACCGUGUUCGCCUUCAUGGAGGUGGGGGGCUACGACCAGUUUGUGGAGAAGUACAUGAAGGCCGUCCCCACGCUCACGGCCGCCACCGUCAACAUCUCCGAGAAGUGCUACACGCCGCGCCCGGACGCCUUCAGCCUCUUCCGGGACCCCCUCAGCGGAGACCUGCCCUGGCCCGGACUCAUCUUCGGCCUCAGCAUCCUGGCCCUCUGGUACUGGUGCACUGACCAGGUGAUUGUGCAGCGGUGCCUGUCUGCCAAAAACAUGUCCCACGCCAAGGCGGGCUGCGUCCUGUGUGGAUACAUGAAACUGCUGCCCAUGUUCCUGAUGGUCAUGCCGGGCAUGAUCAGCCGCAUCCUCUACACAGACCAAGUGGCCUGCAUCGACCCCGAUGUCUGCCUGGAAGUCUGUGAGACGACGGUGGGCUGCUCUAACAUCGCCUACCCCUUGAUGGUGGUCAAGCUCAUGCCCAACGGUCUGCGGGGUCUGAUGCUGUCGGCGAUGCUGGCCUCCCUGAUGUCCUCCUUGACCUCCAUCUUCAACAGUGCCAGCACGCUCUUCACCAUGGACAUCUACACCAAGAUCCGGACCCGGGCCAAGGAGAGGGAGCUCAUGAUCGUCGGAAGUGUCUUCAUCAUGGCCCUGAUCGGCCUGAGCAUCCUCUGGGUCCCGGUGGUCCAGGAGGCCCAAAGCGGGCAGCUCUUUGACUACAUCCAGUCCAUCACCAGCUACCUGGGGCCUCCCAUCGCGGCUGUCUUCUUCCUGGCCAUCUUCUGCAAGAGGGUCAACGAGACGGGGGCCUUCUGGGGCCUGGUGCUGGGCCUCCUGAUCGGCCUCUCCCGGAUGAUCACGGAGUUCGCCUUCGGGACGGGGAGCUGCGUCCACCCCAGCAACUGCCCGGCCAUCAUCUGCAAGGUCCACUACCUCUACUUCGCCAUGAUCCUCUUUGCCAUCUCCAUUGUCAUCGUCCUGGGUGCCUCCUUCCUCACCAAGCCCAUCGACGACGUCCACCUGUAUCGCCUCUGCUGGUCCCUCCGCAACCGGACAGAAGAACGGAUCGACCUGGACGCUGAGGAGGACGUGGCCAAGAAGGAGGAGAUGGUCUACGAGGACCAAACCCUGCCGGAGCGAGAGCUCUCGUGCGGGCGGAAGGCGCUGAACUGGUUCUGUGGGCUGGACCAGGGCGGCCCCUGGCUCAGCCCCGCCGAGGAGGAGGCCCUGCGCCAGAAGAUGGCCGACACCACCGAGGACCCCUUCUGGAAGAGAGUCGUCAACAUCAACGCCAUCCUGCUCCUCGCCGUGGCCAUCUUCUGCCACGGAUUCUUCGCCUAGAGCUGCCGCCGGACUCUUGGCAUACGCGGGCGGAAUUGGCAUACAAUUUGCAUACACGGGCAACAUUUGCACACAAUCUGCAUAUAUGGGUGAAAUUUGUAUAGAAUGCAUAUGUGGCUGAAAUUUGCAUAAAAUGCCACUAGGGCAUGGAAUUUGUAUACAUUGCAGAUUUGCAUCUAUUGGCUAAAUUUGCAUGAAAUCGGCAUAUGUGGUGAAAACGUGCACAAAAUUGGUAAAAUUUGUAUAAAAUGUGCAUAUAUGGGGAAAACUUGCAUAGAAUCUGCAUAUAUCUGCAUGCAAAAUUUGCAUUAAAUGCCCCUAGUGCAUGGAAUUUGCAUAUGUUGCAAAUUUGCAUAAAUUGGCAAAUUUGCAUAAAAUCUGCAUAUAGGAAAAUUGCAUAAAACGUUCAAAUGAGCAUGGAAUUUGCAUAUGUCAUAAGUUUGCAAAUAGAAUACCGUAAAGUGCUUGGAAGCUCUGAAUGGAUCCAAAAAAAGCUCCUUAAAAUUUGCAUAAUGAAUAAGGGGAUUGAUACACAGAAGGCAGUCCAAGGUGGCCCCUUCAAGGCGGAAGCAAUAAUAAUAAUAUGGCAAUCAUCUUUUCCUCA